UCGAUAUCACGCAACCCCCUAGUCUCAAUCCAGCCUCGCCGCCAUCAGAUCAAUGGCCUCCUCGCCGUCGCUGCUGGUGGUCAUCGCCCUGCUGGCCCUCCUCUCGCCGGCCGCCCUCGCCGCCGGCCGAGAGGAGCGCGCGCGCAUCCGCGUCUACGUGCACGAGCAGUUCUCGGGUCCGAACGCGACGGUGGGGUCCGUGGCGCCGUCCCGGCUCGGCGGCAACUCGACGUUCGGCGAGGUGGGCGUGGUCGACGACGUUCUGCGCGCGGGCCCGGACCCGUCGUCCCGGGAGGUCGGGCGGUACCAGGGCCUCUUCGCCGGCGCGGACCUCGCGGACGCCAACUACUUCUCGGCCAUCACGCUCGUGUUCACCGCCGGCGAGCACCGCGGCAGCACGCUGUCCCUGCAGGGCAGCUACAACUUCCCCGGCGACGAGGCCCUCGAGCGCGCCGUCGUGGGCGGCACCGGCGGGUUCAGGAUGGCGCGCGGCGUCUCCCUACUCAAGGUCGUGAGCACCCCGCCGGAGGCGGCCGUGUUCCAGCUCGACCUGGUCGUGUUCACGCCCCGCCAACGAUACUAGCUUGGUGGUGGCCUGCGGGCGGAGCAUGCAACUUUUCGUUCUCUAAUCUCUACACUACACGUUAACAAUUUUGUUUUGGUGUGAGUUCCUGCGUCACGACAAGACGAUAUUCAGU